GUAGUGUUAAAUUUUGCCGAAUUAUUUCUAAUUUUCAAAGCAAUAAAAUCCAUUAUUACAUCAUUACAUGCAAAAAUGCACAUUGCACUUGUACAUACAACUUUAUAAUUUGUGAUUGCACAGGGAAUCAAGGAAUAAACUACCGAGACAUCAAGCAAAAGCAAUUUUUAAAAUAUAAAAUAUUCUCUACCGGAAGAUGAUUGACACAGAAUACAUGUACCCUGACGGGAUGAUUGAUUAUUGAUUACUCUCUUUGUAGUAGUUUGUAAGAUUUCUUGUAACAAUGAUUUGUGAUAAUUCGUUGUUAUCACCGAUUCAAAAUGAUACAAAUUUACCUUUUUCAAAUUCCACUAUUUUCCAAAAAUCUCUUGAGUUAGAAAAUGUCGAAGGUAUGGAAAAUGAAAUCACAACAUUCGAAAAAUUUCUUAAUGUAUUGCAUCCAAAACUUGUGGCUGAUUAUCUUAAAUUAGCUUUAUUAUUUCUUAAGAGUUCUCAAACAUCUUUAACUUUGCCUAAUGUUUCGAAUUUGAAAACGUUUUUUAUUAAAAUUGUGAACAACCCAAAUAAUCUUGGUUGUACAAUGUUUGACGACACAUCAAAACAAAUUGCAAUGGAAAUAAAUGAAAUAUUGCAAUAUAACAAAGAAUCCUACCAAUUUGUAUAUGCUUAUGACAAUGGAAACUGCAGUCAAAAAGAGCUGGUGUUGAAAAAAAAAUAUUUUGAAGGUUCAAGUAACUUGUUGGAACGAAGUUCACAUGACAAUCAAGUUUCCAUUGCCGAGGACAAUGUAUCAAAAAAUCAAGGAGGUGAAGAAAGGCAGGGAAACUUAAUUACAAGUGACUUUAAGCAUCAGUGGUUGACUACAACGCUAAGCUUCAUUAAAAAUAACAAACUAAGUACUCUAGAGUACCCUGAAAUGCCUGGAGCUUGUACAGAUUUCAUAGAGUACACUAUUAAUCAUUGUAAUAAUAAACAUGAUAUAGAUCUUAAUUUAAAGCCAUUAUAUGCGUCUAUUUGGGAAGCAAUGACAAUAUUCAAACUGAAAUAUGACUUUUUAUUAAAAUCAAAUGUCAGAAGCAGUAAUACUGUACAACUGACUCUAGAAAAAAUUCCAAAGAAACAGGAUAGCGUAAAUACAAACCCAGAAGGUAACAAAGACAAAUCAAAUAAAUCCGCAAAACGUCUCAAGGAAAGGCAGAAAAUGAUAAAAAAGAAAACUGCAGUUAUGGAUGCCGUACCGAUAGAUUUCGUAAUGGAUUCGUUAAAACGGAUUGUGGAGUUCAUGGAAGACCAAUUCAGUGCCAGUAUUGUAUUCAAAAAUGUGACACCUAAGGAAUGGAAAUUUCUCAUGAAUGUUAAAGCUAUUGUCAGAAAUAGGCAUAUUCUGAUAACCGAAUUAUCCCCAGCUAUGAACGAUCUAUUGAAACGAAUUGGUGCAGCUAACAUAAACGCAUUCAGCUUGGUUUUAAAUGAGAACACAUUUAAAAAUAAGAAAAGAAAUGUUACACUGGAGAAGAUACCUAAAUAUAUAACGCAAACGUCUCCUAAGAAUAGCCCUCAAUUAAAUCGCUCAAUUUCUCGGUGUUCGCCCCAAGAGCGAAACGCACAGCCUACGUUUGAUGAGAGUAGUCCUAGUGAUAAAUUACUAAAGGCACUUACUACAUCCACGAAAAAUGAUGAUUGCACAAGUGUUUCGUCUAUGGAGAUAAAGUCGCAGAGUACUUCGGGGGUAAAUGAGACUGAUUUAAAUUCGCCAUCCCUGAAAUCACGUCACACUAGCAUCGAGCGAAGAACAAUUAGUCAAAAGCCGAUUAUAAAUUUCCAAAGUGCUGGGAGUGUUGAUCCAACCAGUAAUGAGAAUAUUACUCCGACUAAAGAAAACUGGCACAGUGGUAAUAAAGAGCGAGGAAGGAGCCACGAGAGGCGGCACGAUCGAAUGAAGAGUAAGCUUUUGAAGGCCAUGUCAGUGCCACUGGAGAGUGAUAUCGGUUUAAGAAUGAUGCGCUUGAUGGGUUGGAACGGAGGAGCUCUAGGCACAAGGGGCGAAGGCAUUGUGGAGCCUAUUAUACCGGACUUGGGUAUUAUAACCGGAGCAGGCUUGGGUCAUAGUGCCGAACCGAAACGUCGUGCGGAAAGUUUCAAAAGAAAAAAUAAAUCUUCAAGAACAAAUUGUAUUGGUCCGAGUGACGGCGACUCGUAUGAAAAAACUCUGACUGGGACAGAUUCUGGCCACAGCAACAUAACAAAUAAGGACACUUUAAGUGAAAACGUUUCUUCAACAGUAUAUUCUAUCAACUCUGAUGACGACAACAUACAUGAAAAAACUGCUAUUGAAGGAGACUUGGCGCAGUUAACUCAAUCAAAAUAUGAAAAGAACAAAAUUGUCAGAACUCGUUUGAAGAUUUUUGGAGAAAUCCUAGAAUUUCUUUGCUCGGAUGUUAUGAAUAAAACAGUUGUUUUUGAGAAAAAGCUAAAUAAUAACGAAAAGAAAUUUUUAAAGCCUGCCAUUAAAAGUUUUAAUAAUAGAAGUAAUAUAUCUUUUAAUAAUAAAGAAGAGUGUGACUUGAUAGAUAAAAUUCGAAAUGAAAUGCUGUUAAACCGUGCAGUGGUAAUUGAAGCUAAUUUUACGAAGGCUGCAAAGUAUGGCCACUACUUCUUUACACUUAUUCUUUUAUACCUACUAAUUUGAUUUUCACAAUAUUUUUUUUAUAUGUGCAUGCAUUCUAUGAGUAAAAUAUUAUUAAUGUUGUAUAAGUUUGCUUGGCUGUUCUUAAAAAACUUGACACAUUAGACAAUUAAUAACUAGGUACUAUAUAUUGUACAAAAUUCGUUGCUAAGGUACAACAAUUAGAAUAAAAUAUAUUACCAUCAUUGUAUUAAUUUCUUUGGCAGGGUACUUCAUCUAUCAAAAACAAUCAAUAAGAUAGAUCUUCAAAUCCCAAUUAUGAAAAGAUUAGAAGAGAGAACAAAAUAUAUUAAUGAUAAUGACACACAAAACUAUGCCGAGACAGAUAGUGUUCAGGGAAUGAAAAUAUUAUCGAUUGACAAAUUUAUAUCAACAAUGGAUUCUAUGCAAUCCUAUGGAGUAUAUAAUGAGAUAUCGUUCAAAGCGUUAGCUUACAGGCUCAUGAUGUUAGAGGAAAUUUUGGAAUUCAUAGAGAAAGAUGAAUCAGAAAGAAUCUAUUGCACAGAUACUGAUAUGCUUAAGUAUAUGAAGUUCGUGAAAAAUUUUAUUACAAGUAUCAACGAAAGACGAAAAGAUAAGCAAGUUACGGCGAUUGAAGAAUCAGUCGCCGAACAGAUUUUGAAUAGUUUAGGAAACUCUUAUCUUAUUUUUGAAUGUGAUAGACGCUUAAAGCAAAUGAAAUUAAAAAAAAUGGUUUAUGAAACUAAAUUAAUGAAUUCGCCCAAAUCUGAACCUACUUUGUUAAAUGCCUUUGAUCCUACAAGUGAUUUAGCAAGCACAAAUAAAAAUGAAGAAGAGGAAGUAUCACAGACUGAAAAUGUAAUCCAGUAUGAUACUUAUGAACCAGUAUCCUGCAUACUUGAGUCUAAGAACGCCAAAGAUGUGAAAAUAGAUGACUUAAAUGAAAGGGAGCUUUCAAAUGAAGACAUAGAAAUGAUUGAUCUAACAUCAGACGACAUAAGCGUAACUUGUGUUGAAAAUGUCAUAUCAGGAGAAUCUGGUGAAGUUCCAAAACAUAUAAUAGAUUUAGGAAAUGCUAUUUUGGAAUCGGAAGUGCAUGUGGGUACAUCUGAGAAGGAAAUUAAAGUUAAUAAUCAAACAGAGUCACCAAUAAGUAAACAAAUUCGUACUGAAUCUGAAAAAUCUCAAGUAGAAUAUGCAAAAAAAGGCUUGGUCAAAAGUUUUAAGGAUGUUUCCAUACUACCUAAUAACCCAGAGGAAAAAAUGAGUUUGAAUUUGGUUAAAACUGUUCAAAAUCUGAUAUCGGAUUCCAUAGACCGCUCCAAAGAUUUCUUACCAUUGUUACAGUGUCAUGGACUUAUUGAUGAUCGCGUAGUAUACAGUUGCUAUAAUGAAAACACUUACUCAUGGCUAAGAAAUGUAAUUAAUGACCAAUUUUUAAUGGUAGAUACUUCUUGUGCAUCAGAAGAUAGGCACAAAUUACAAAUGAAACUAAAAACCGUUAUUGAUAAUGAUAACGUUGAAGCCAUAUUAAAUAGAUUAAAAUUGUAUAAUUCUGGCUUAGAUACGAGUACCUGGACAGUGGCUAAUAAAAUAGUGUGUAAUGAUUCUACAGUGCUAGAUUUAGUAGUAGAUGACAAUGCAUUCCACUUCAUAAGUCAGUCAAAUUUUUCGCUAUUUGCUGGAGUGGAUAAAGCCAAAUUCAGCGUCAUUUGGUAUUAAGUGUUUUUAAUAACGUAGAUUACAUCGUUGAAUCAUGGUCAAAACAGGUUUUGCCAUUCUUAUUUUAGGAUUAUUAAUAGAAUCAGGCUUUACUUUGCGUAAAUCCAUUAUAUUAAAGUUGGUAAAAAUUACUUUGCCUACAUCCGCUCAAUGAAAUAAAAUAAUGUGUCUUACAUAGUUUGAAGAGCACCGCACCGCGGAUAGUGCGCGCAAUUGAGAAAAGUAAUUUUUUUUAUCACCAACUUUAAUUCUCAUUUUGGUUAAAAAACUGAACUAUGUAUAUUGAAAAACAAAUGACGGCAAUGAUCACAGGCAGCUUAAAAGGCUAGUGUUUGCAAAUCUGUUAUGGGUGUGAAAAGUUUUUUUACCUGUAUUAUUUACUCAUGGAUAGGUGCAAGGGAUCGAAUCCCAAAUUGAAUACAACAGUUUAUGUAUGAUACUCAAAUUAUUUUCAAUGCAAGAAAGUAAUAUUUUCUGUGAACAUUUUUAGGCUUCUUAUGGUAUGUUGAGGCGAUGUGGCAACGGAGAGACAUACAAACUACUUAGCUCGUCUAGUUUCAGAUCGCAUAUUUACCGUCUACCAUACAUUUUACGCCAUUGCUUGACGUUGAGACGCUGCACCAACUGCGGCGAUCUCAUCUCUAGAAACUAAGGCUAACUAAAUUAAAUAUAUUUCUAAGACGUUUAGCCUUUACUUUUUUAGAUUGUUGAAAAAAAGCGCGUAUAUUACUUUUUGGGAUACAGAGAAUUCUGUAUCUAUGAUCUGCUAGGAUGCAAAAAUUGAUUAGACUGAUUUAAUUAUCCUACACUGACUUAAUAUAAUAUUUUAUAGUAAAGUUUCUAGUAAUUAAAUUUCAUCUCUAUAAUAAGCACAUACAUCAGUAGUACAAAAACCAUUUCUUUAUUGUGAUAGUAAAAUUAAGGACAAGUAUUACAUAAUAUGUAACUUGUUUAUAAACUUGUUACCGUAAUAUAUUUUUCUUGAGUCUCUGUAAAUAAAAUGUUACUUUACUAUU